AUGGUACUGUAAGUAAAAUGGGGAAAUUUCCGGCAACAGGACAAGUAAAGAAGACGACGAUGGGAACUCUAUCCCCGUUUUCUUUCUCUUCUCCUUCACAAAUAUAUCUCUUUGGCUGAACUAUAUCACUUUACCCAUUCUAAUUCUACUUUUCUUUCUUCCAUGACUAGAUCCACCACGACUAGGGAUUCAUUCAAUUUCCCGAUCCCAUUCCUAUUUUGCGGGAAUCGAAUCUGUGCUAUCAUUCCUAUUUUGAUCGGCGAGACCUGAAUCGACCUUUUUAUAAUAUAUAGCUCAAUCGUUAGAAAUCACAAGAAUUGAAAGGGCCGGGGGAUAGAAAGAGAUGACAAUUUCGGAUAAUGGAAAAGGAUUGAUCUUGGCCGUUGCCUCGGGCCUAUUCAUCGGUUCCAGUUUCAUCUUGAAGAAGAAAGGUCUUAAGCUAGCAGCUGCAUCUGGAACUCGGGCAGGCAUUGGUGGCUACACAUAUUUACUACAACCUCUUUGGUGGGCAGGGAUGAUGACUAUGCUUGUUGGAGAAAUUGCAAAUUUCGUGGCUUACAUUUAUGCACCAGCUGUUCUUGUCACUCCACUUGGUGCCUUGAGUAUAAUAGUUAGUGCUAUUUUGGCACAUUUCAUGCUGAAGGAACGGAUUCAGAGAUUAGGUGUAGUUGGAUGUGUUUGCUGCAUUGUUGGUUCGGUUGUCAUUGUAAUACACGCACCCGAAGAACAUACCCCGAGUUCAGUUCAGGAAAUAUGGGACCUUGCCACUCAACCAGGAUUUCUAGUAUAUGUGGUGGCUGCAUUGUCUACUGUUUUAGCUCUUAUUUUUCACUUUGAACCUCGAUUUGGCCAGACAAAUAUUCUUGUCUACUUGGGAAUCUGUUCAUUAAUGGGCUCGCUAACGGUUGUCAGCAUAAAGGCGAUAGGGAUAUCGAUAAAACUCACACUGGAUGGAAUAAGUCAAAUUGGGUACCCUCAGACUUGGUUUUUUCCAACAGUUGCUGUUAUUUGCGUCGUUACUCAAUUGAUUUACCUUAACAAGGCGUUGGAUACAUUCAAUGCUGCAAUUGUUUCUCCAAUAUACUAUGUGAUGUUCACAACACUCACCAUAGUAGCAAGCAUUAUCAUGUUCAAGGAUUGGUCGGGGCAAGAUGCGAGCAGCAUUGCGUCGGAGAUAUGUGGAUUCAUUACUGUUCUUUCGGGAACCAUAAUUCUUCAUGCAACUAGAGAACAUGAAACCGGCGUCACUUCAGGGAAUAUAACAUGGUAUAGUACUGGAGACGCGAUCAAAAACAUUGACGACGCACCACUUAUAAGUUUAGAAAAUUCUGGAUAUUUCGAGAAGCUGGAUUCAUUCCCUUGAAAUUGCUUGCGAAAAAGUAUAUGUUAACCACACAUGCAUGCAGCAUGCACCGAUUUUGGUUGCUCUGAAUUAAUUCUUUCUGUGAUAAAACAUCGAUACCUAUAACAGAAGAGGAGUCAGGUUCGGUCUUGCUGAGACAGCCACAGGGACGUUUGGGCGAGUCUUAUAUAUAAUUGCUUGAUCAAUCUAAGAUGUUGGAAGAUUUUCGCACUUGUGAUUGUAUUUUCGAUUAGGAUUCUUAUAUUUUUCUUGCUGGUUAAUUAGCUAGCUAGCUAGAUUGUAGUGUAAAUUUAUUGUGCAAGAAACAACAAUGAAGAUGAACUUUUAAACUCUAAGGCAGGCAAUACAUAUAACAAUUUCGAUUCUUUGACAAA